UGAAAAAAGAAAUAUUGGCAACAGUUGUUAGCUCAGGUGCCAAUCUUUAAAAAAACAAAAAGAACUAUGUUUAUACUGUAGUCUUUUCCGUGUGCAAUAACAUUCUGUCUUAAAAACAACAUAGCUACCUUACUUAAGAAAUACUUUAUUGCUAAAAAACGCUAACCGUCAUCUGAGCCUUCAGCGAGUCGUAAUCCUUUUGCUGGAGGCAGGUCUUGUAAAAAACGCAGUAUGUGCAGAGCGCACUAAGGCCACGUCUGCCUGUCCCUAGUUUUGGUGACUAUUUUCCAGUUCUCAAAAUCAUCUUCGUUGUUUUUAGAUGGGCCCGUCUGUUUUGACAGUGUCCUGCCCCUUCUGCUUCUGACCCCUUCUUUCACAUUUUGACCUUACGCAUCCUUGUCUUAGAGUCUCUGCCAGACACAGGUCGUAUCUCAAGCCACGGGCAUCCUUUCGUAUCGUCUGACUCCCUUUCAUGGCUGAUUCUGUGUAAUUUCGGACGUGACUCCUGGCCAGCCCGGGGCCUCUAUCUGCCGGCCUCCUGGGUGGUCUGUUCUGCAGGCAGGUCCUUCCCCAUGGCUGUGGCUUUGCCCCAGGAGCCUGGCCUCGGCCAGUUUGGGGUGCGGGCCUCAGCUCCAGGGCCCUGUCUCUACGUGGCCACAAAACCCACACCCCUUGGUUGCUGACGUUGGCACCUGGGCCCGCCCUGCUUUUCAACCUUCCAGGGGCUGAGCUUUCUGGGGCUUCCCUUAUUUUCUUACAAGCUGGUGACGCAUUUCUUUUAUCCAGCAUUGGCAGGUGUGCCGUAGUGGGGGGGCUGUUGGGGUUUGUGGGCAGUAAGAUUUCCGGAAGCGGAAUUUGGCAGCACUCGCUACUUUUGGACCCGUCUUCCGAGCGAUCGGCUGGGGGCCGGAUGUCGGGUCUCCGUCUUGCCGGUGGCUGGAAAGUGCAGGUGGAAACUUCCCCACCCCGUUCCACAGACCCUUGGCUGCCGAGUGGGAAUGCCUGGGAUGUCAGGUUAAUUCCUAGGAAUGUCCCAGGACCUGCCUGUCACCAUGGCCACAGGAAGACUCCUGCUCUGCUCUCUGCUGCUCCUGUCGCUGCAGCUGGGCCUCGGUGGGGACCCUGGUGCUCGGGGAGCUCUGGUGGCGGAGGGACAGCUCCUGUCUGAGCUGGCAGCACACAGAGGGACCCAGAAGCCACAGCUGGGUGCCCGCCUGCGCCGAGCCGCGGCCAGCCAGUGCCAGCUGUGGAGCCUGUCCCUGCCCGUGGCAGAGCUGGGCCUGGGCUACACGUCGGAGGAGACGGUCAUCUUCCGCUACUGUGCCGGCAGCUGUCCCCGCGGCGCCCGCACCCAGCACGGCCUGACGCUGGCCCGGCUGAGGGGCCAGGGCCGAGCCCACGGCGGGCCCUGCUGCCAGCCCACCCGCUACGCUGAUGUCGCCUUCCUCGAUGACCGCCACCGCUGGCAGCGGCUGCCCCAGCUCUCGGCGGCUGCCUGCGGCUGUGGUGGCUGAGGAUGCCUGGCUAGAGGUCCUGCAGCCACACGACAAGCGCUGCUGACUUAUUUCUUGGAGAUACGGAUGCCGAGAAGACGAGAAGGGGGGGUGGGCUGGGGCCACAGCAAGGGGCACAAUAAAGUAAAUUGCUCCUGUGGCCUCGUAACU